UGCGGGAGACGAUUAGUGUCGAAUUGUGGAUUGAUCUUGCGAGACCUUUUUUUUAUUAUUAUUAUUAUUUACGAGUUAUAGUGCUAAUGGCUGCAAAGAAGUAAGGACUGUAGUCACAUUUUUUUAGAAACAAGGAAGAAGAGCCGACAUACAGUGUGUCAUGUUUAAUAACUGGGAAUUUAAGAGAAUAACUGUAAUAAGAAUACCAACGUUACCAUCAUUAUAAAAAGUGCAACAGCCAUUGUAUAAUUCGUUGUCUCGUUAGUACGUACAUAUUAAAGAUUCUUCUACAGUUUUGAAGUGCAGCGUGUGGUUGUUAACUGAUUUUUAAGAAUUGCAAGGGCAGUAGCAAAAGCAAAGUGUUUCAACUGUUGCUGUCAUUGCAGACCAAUAUGGAUCCCUCUGCCUCCUGAAUCACUGAAAUUAACGCGCUCGCGAGUAGAACGAAAUGGCAACUUCGAAGACAUCAAACACCUACAACCGUCAGAAUUGGGAAGAUGCUGACUUCCCUAUCCUGUGCCAGACAUGUUUGGGUGAUAAUCCAUACAUUAGAAUGACAAAGGAACGAUAUGGCAAAGAAUGCAAGAUAUGUUCACGCCCAUUUACAGUUUUUCGCUGGUGCCCUGGAGCACGCAUGCGUUUUAAAAAAACUGAGGUGUGCCAGACAUGCAGUCGGCUGAAGAACGUCUGCCAAACGUGCCUACUUGAUCUAGAAUAUGGACUACCAAUUCAAGUUCGGGAUGCAGCCCUGCGUAUUAAGGAUGACCUCCCGCGAUCAGAUGUCAACAAAGAAUAUUAUAUUCAAAAUAUGGAUAAGGAGUUAGGAAAGAUUGAUGCAACAACUCCAGCUGGUGCUGUGGGAAAGUCACAAGCAGCCAGUGAUCUGCUUAUGAAAUUGGCUCGAACAAGCCCUUACUAUAAGCGGAAUAGGCCACAUAUAUGCUCAUUCUGGGUGAAAGGAGAAUGCAAGCGUGGUGAGGAGUGUCCAUAUCGUCAUGAGAAACCUACUGACCCUGAUGAUCCACUUGCUGAUCAGAAUAUUAAGGACAGGUACUAUGGAAUUAAUGACCCAGUUGCAGAAAAACUUAUGCGUAGAGCCUCCGCAAUGCCUAAGCUAGAACCACCAGAAGAUAAGACUAUUACAACUUUGUACAUUGGCAACCUGGGAGAUAAGCUCACAGAGAAAGAAUUGUGGGACCACUUUUACCAAUAUGGAGAGAUCCGUUCUAUUACACUGGUUCCUCGACAGCAGUGUGCAUUUGUUCAGUUUACUUUACGCUCGGCUGCCGAAGCUGCAGCAGAACGGACAUUCAACAAGUUAAUCCUAGGAGGACGUCGCCUGACUAUCAAAUGGGGAAGAUCACAAGGCCGCCAAGGAGCUAAUGGUGGACGAGAAGGUGCUGAAGGUUCUGAGGGGCUCGAACCUGUACCUGGUUUGCCUGGAACACUGCCAAUGCCCCCAGUUGAACUUCGAGACAAUUUCUUUAAUUUAGGGGCUAGUGAUGAUACAGUGCUUCCCACUACAGUUGCAACUGUGCCUGCUGUACAAGCCACAACUCCUAUGCCUCCACCACCCAACCCAGCUACUGUACUUUUGGCUGCACCACCACCUGUACCUCGGCCUCCACCAGGAGUACGUCCUCCUGGUCCACCGCCAUUCUUCUUUCCUCCUCAUGUUCGAGCCCUUCCACCUCGUCCACCGGGACCACCAGUAUCGGCUGCCACAGCUGUCCGUGCACCUGUUGUCUCUGCAGCAUUCGGCCUUGCAGCAGCAGCUGCUGCUGCAGCACAGGCACCUCUGUUUCCACCUGGUACUGCUCCAGCACUCCCUCAGCUCCCACCAAAUCCUGCACCUCUAGUACCUCCAGGUACGCUACCAGGCCCACCACUCAAAACACCUGUGAUACAUUAUCCUUCGCAAGAUCCCGCCCGGUUGGGAGCUGCUCAGGGCCUUUCCAAAAGUAAAACUUGGCCUGGAGAUGAUUAAUCGUGAUGCCAUUGAUAAUGUUGUGACAUAAUUGUAUAAUGAAAAAUAUUUGCAAUAAAAUGGGAAAAAAUUAUAAA